AAUAAUGAGCAUAAUUGUGGCUGCAGUCAUAUAUCUAAUUACUUAAAAUUAGGUCUAUCGAAAGGAAUAAAUUAAAAGUUAAAUUUAAAAAUAAUUAAAAUUAAUUAAGUAAGAAAAAUUGUAAAUUUAAUGGUUAAAUUGGUGAUUUAUUUUAUGUGUAACAUACUUAGGGAAUAUAAAUAAAAUUGGUUUAAUUAUUUAUUGAAAUAAGUAUUGUAAUUAUUAAUUAAUAUUAAUCUAGAUCUAAUUAGCCGCUAGAUAUUAGACAGCAGACUAGAUUGAGCGAUUUAAAUUUGAGUGUCCAUUGAACGUACUUGACCGAUUAGUAACAGAUGUCAAGUGUAAGCUGGUGUCCUAAAAACAGUCACACGUGAAUAAAGUAAUGAAAAAGGGAAAUAAAAUAUCCGUGAUGUGCACAGUCGUGAUUAUAAGAAAAUAUUUAAGUCGUUGCGCAUGACGAGCGUAAAUUCACCCUCAUGGACCACACAUUGAUCGAGGCCUGCGCUAAAAGGGGAUGCUGGGCAUUCUUGUUCCUGACCCCCAAACGCCGCCUCCAAUCAAUGCCGCGAUUAAAAAUUUUAAAUUAUUUUAUUUAAAGAUAUCUUGAGUAUAAAUAAAUUUAUUGAGACCAUGUGGCUAAAUUUAAAUAAAUAAACUACGCGGUUUAAUUAUUUUCGUUGAUUAUAUAAAUAUACUUCUGUACAAGUGCCUCAUAUAUCUAUAGACAGUGAAAGGACUUCCAAGGACCUCCGACUCGCACUAUCAAGUUUAAAUUUAUUAAACUCAUCCGCCAGAUUAAUUUACACCAGAUUUAAAUGGCGGAAUUCCGAGGGUAUCAUAUCCCGUCAUUCGGGGCGACGGUGAACGUGGUGUGGGAGACGAUAAAGAUGAAGCUGCCGGAAAAUAGUCCAUGUAUGGAAUUAAUAAGAGGUCCUGAACCGGGACAGCAAACGAGACCAGGAGUCGGCGAAGGGUUCAAGCCCUACGGAGAGGGCGGUGAUAAUACUGAGAUGACGGAGAUGAAUGGAGAGCAGGCGUUUGGGGGUCCACAGAAUUCUGGAGUCGCCGAGGAGUCAUUUAGUUAUCAACGUAAUGGAGAUAAAAUCCGCGGGGGAAGCGUCAGCAGCGGGGGGUUCAGUGAAUACGAUGACGGGGGCGGAGAGUUUGCAUCUGGAGUCAAAAUCAACGAGUGGCAAGCUGCAUGGAAUGUCACCAAUGCCAUCCAGGGAAUGUUUAUAGUCUCGCUGCCAUUCGCGGUCCUACGUGGUGGCUACUGGGCGAUCGCGGCGAUGAUAGGAGUCGCGCAUAUCUGCUGCUAUACUGGUAAGAUCCUGGUGGAGUGUCUCUACGAGCUGGACCCAGUAACCGGACAACGAGUUCGUGUACGUGAUUCUUACGUGGCCAUUGCGAAGGAAUGCUUUGGUCCGCGAUGGGGCGCGCGGGCAGUAAAUAUCGCCCAAAUAAUUGAACUUUUGAUGACAUGUAUACUCUAUGUCGUUGUUUGUGGAGAUUUGAUGAUUGGAAGCUACCCCGAGGGAGCGAUAGACGCGAGGAGUUGGAUGAUGUUGAUAGGAAUUUUUCUGAUACCAUUUGGUUUUCUUAAAUCACUCCACCAUGUCUCAGUUCUCAGUUUCUGGUGCACAAUGGCUCACAUAUUUAUCAAUGUUAUCAUACUCGGCUACUGUAUACUAGAAAUAGCGGACUGGGGGUGGUCUAAAGUAAAGUGGACCAUCGACAUCGAGACCUUCCCCAUUUCAUUGGGUGUGAUCGUCUUCAGUUACACUUCCCACAUCUUCUUGCCGACCCUCGAGGGGAAUCUGAUCGAUCGAUCAAAGUUCGACUGGAUGCUCGACUGGAGCCACAUCGCCGCGGCCAUCUUCAAGUCUGUCUUCGGGUGGCUCUGCUUCUUGACAUUUCAAAACGACACCCAGCAAGUCAUCACCAACAACCUACACUCCGCGGGUUUCAAGGGACUCGUUAAUUUUUGUCUCGUCAUCAAGGCUCUGCUGUCAUACCCACUGCCCUACUACGCGGCUUGCGAGUUAUUGGAACGAGCUUUCCUUCGUGGCAGACCCAAAACGAUUUUCCCGACGAUCUGGACCGUCGACCACGAGCUCAAAGUGUGGGGUCUUGCUUGGCGAGUCGGUGUCAUUACCUUCACUAUUCUCAUGGCGAUUUUCAUUCCACACUUCAGCAUACUCAUGGGUUUCAUCGGUUCCUUCACCGGGACCAUGCUCUCGUUUAUCUGGCCCUGCUAUUUUCAUUUAAAAUUGAAAAGAAAUUCAAUGGAAAUGAAAGAGGUCGCCUAUGACUGUUUUGUAAUUUGUCUAGGAGUUAUUUUCGGAGUUAUCGGCGUUUUCGACUCGGGCAAAGCUCUUAUCAAAGCCUUUGAAAUCGGUCUUCCAUUUUAAAUUAGCUUUAUUAUACAUAAAUUGAAAAAUGAAAAAAAAUAUACAUAAAUAUAUAUAUAUAUAGUAAAGUAUAAAUUAUAAAUUAUGAAUGGAUUAUUUGUCUGUAGAUUUAUCUACAAGUUAUUUUACCAGGUUUUAGUGAUCGUUGAUGAUAUUCAUCAAAUUCAAAGAAUUUAAUUGAUAUAAAGUGUCUUCCACUAAAAAAUUAAUAAAAUAUCAUAUCCAGACCGGACGUUCUAUCAGUUUCACGAGCAAUAUUUUUUUUUAAACAGACCCAAGUCUCAUAUUAUCAAACUUUUUAGUAUAAUCUUUUAAAUUUAUAUUUGCUGGCUUGUUAACUUGACGUUUAAUUACAAAACAGAUAUUAUAGCCGUCGGUCGUUAAAAAUAUUAUCAGUACACAAAUAAAUAUAUAAACUGACAAUAAUAUUAUUCGUGUUACAUGACUAAUAAUAAUAAUUAUAAUGAAAACAUAAAUUUUAAUUACGCAAUCGAAACACAAACGGACUUUUGCAAAUGUGCAAAAGAAAAAAUUAGAUGUCUUCCAUUUUAAAACCAAAAAAAAUUAAAUGUCUUCCAUUUUAAAAAUAAAACCGAUUGGGAAAUAUCAUUUUAUCUGAUAGAAAAAAAUGGGAUUUAUAUUUAUUAUCAAAUUUUGAAUUUUAUUUGUAAAUUUAUAAAUAAAUUCAUCGGCCUAUCAAAUAAUUUAAUUAGAUUUUUAUUUCAAAAUGUUUGACAGAAAAAUUCUUUUUUUACAUUAAUUAUCAAUGGAUCUCUAUACCUCGAUUAAAUUAAAUUUAGAUCAUCAGUUAGAUCUUACACUGUAAAAAAUCAGGAGUAAAUGCGGGGUGAUCUGGAUUUUAUUUAAAUCCGCAUUCACUUCGAUUCAAAAUUUAAAUAUUAGAAUAAACUCCAGGAGUUAAUUUACUCCGAAUUAAAUACGCGAUUACUCUGUAAAUUUUUUACAGAGCAUGGAUUUAAAUGAGUCACUUAAAUUAAAGGGAAUCCCAUAAAAUUUUCUAUCGGAUUUUCAGUCGGAACUAAUAUGUACAAGAUAAUAAUAAAUAUAUGCUGUUGGCUAGGUUUUUGGAUUUUAUAACUGUAUUACAUAUAAAUAAACAGUUGCGACUUACAUAAAUGUAAAGAUAUAUAAUAUAUAUAUAUAUACACUUAUAGGUAAAUAUUAGCGCAUAUAAAAAUAAAGUUCAAAUGGUAAUUUUGUUGCGCUAAAUUAAUUAAUUAAUUAAUUUAAAAUACUAUAACUAAUUAAUUAAAUAAAUAAGACGCAAUAAUGAAUUAUACCGAGCGAUAAUAAAAGCUGAUGAAUCCAAUGUCUUCCAGAUCUUAUACGUAAGAUCGAUAGAUCAGUUACUGAUUAGAUUUAAGGAGUUGAUAUUGUAGGGUAAAUUAGAUCAUAGCGCAUUUAUUGAUUAUUUUAUAUGACUUAUUAUUAUUCCCGGGUAAAAAAAUGUUGAAAAAGCCUUGGCUAUUCUAAACUUCAAAAUCCGACACAAUGACGACCCAAGUAAUAUACAGAUAACUAAAAUGUCUUUUAAAAAAACAGGACAUUUGUCUCAAUUUUUUUUGUCUCAAUGCCAAGUUUUUUUUUUAUAGAAAUGAGACGAAUAGAUAUUUCUAGAAGUCAUAGGAAAUUUGCCUUCUUUUUUCCAAUUUGAAAAAGUCACUUUCAAUUGAAAGAUCAUCAAGUUUUUUAAUAAA